GCAUAGAAUAGACAUCACUGCCAGGAUGAAGACUGUCGGAGCACUGUUACUGCUUUCAGCGGUGGUUUGUGCACAGAAGGCUGCGAAAUUCGGCGAGUGCACAUUCCCCGAUGUUGACCUGGAGAAGGCGGUGGACGCGUUUCUGCAGCGGCUGCCGAUGUCCUACCAAAUCCCAAAGUCGGAAGGCGGCGAGUUGCUGCCGGGCCUGCACUUUGGCAACAUUACCCUGCAGGGACUGUCUACACUGGCGAUACGUGGUGCCCCGCAGCCGUUUUGCCGAAAGGGCAAGCCGAUGCUCCAAGUCCCCCUGAGCACGCAGGGAGCGCUCCGUUUUGUCUCUCCAUGGAGGUACUGCGCUGGGAACUCGGGCACGGUGUCGACAACCUCUAGCUAUGUUACACUCAACGUACUAUUCGAGGUGGCGCACAACGGGCUGGUUCCGGUGGACGUGUGGCUCACCUGGCUGGAGGGAACAUACGUUUUGGUGGACGGUGCCUCAGAUGCUGGCAGCAUAGCCGCCGUGGUGCUGACCAAGAUGAUGCCAGCCGUCGUCAGGGACUUCUGGGUCGAAGCGACUGGCUGGUACGCGAGUCGCGCAUUCAAAGCAAUCGCCGCAAGUGGAAAGAACUGAAGGGCGUGAACUCAUGCACUUCUAUGUUCGCUUGGAACUGCUGCCAGAUGCGACUGCUUUUUUUGAAAUUUCUAUUUUUAAAUCUUUUGACACACCUGAUCCUUACGCUUAAACAGAAUAUAGAUGCUAUUUUUUUUAUCAACCAUCUGCAUGCACAACUACAUUUUCCAUGCUGUGUGGACGAUUCGUUCAGUGGACUGUACGCGUGGAAGAACUUUUUUUUAAUAUUUCAUUGCGACAUCAAUUAUAUGCACACUCUAAGCAAAUUUCAGUUGUCGGUGUUGGCGUUGUCAUUGUCGUGAUGUUUCCUGUAAAAUCCAAGUGUUUGAUUUCAAUUAUUUGUUCCUGAUAUAUCAGAUACAUUACACUUUUGCACAAUGGGUGGAGAAUAAUGCAGAAAAAUACAUUCCUCAUGUGAAUAAUAGUACAGCGGAUGAGCAAAGAAGAUAUGAUAAAGCUGACCAUAAAUAAUACUACUAGAAAAGGGCACAGCAAAACAUGCAAACUUUCAUGUGAAGUUAGAGAA